GAGAAAAAAAACCCACAAACAAAGGCUCACCAAAAACUAAGUGGUCUUGGUAUUGUGGUUGGUCACCUUGUCCCAUAACCAAUUGGUGGGGGGUUCGAUCCUCAACCUUUGGGAAUUGAAAGAGAUUUUUGGUCAACCUUUUACCCUUAAGUAGAGCAUUCGGGCCAGGAAAUUAGUUACUGCUAUCGACAGUGAAUGCCUUGGUUGUUAAAAAAAAAAAAAAGCUCACCAAAUACUAACCAGCAACCAUAAUACCGCAUUUCUACUCUCCUUCCUCAAAGUGUGGGUUUUUAUUUCCCUUUCUCUCUCCUCUCUUGAACUUCCUUUUAUAAGUUUAUUUCUAUACAUAAUCAUCUCAUAAGGCCAUAGAACCACACCCCUAUUGUCCUUUCGUUUCAAAAUUCCGUUAAUUAUAUUAUGCAAGUUUUUUUGUUGAUUUUUGUUAAUUACUCUCUACUUUAAUAUGUUUUAUUUUUUGUGAUGGAAAUUGCAUCCAUACUUGCUUUGCUCGAACCACACCCAUGUUCUCCUUUUCAAUAUUUAGUUAAUUUUUUUUAUUCAGAUACAACCAAUUUUAAUUCGAUAUCAUUAUUCCUUUUUUGAAGAAUCUUUGUAAUUCGGUCAAUUGAAUUAGACUAUGAAGUUUUUUUUGUCCCAUCCAAAAAAAUGAAGUUUUUUAUUGAUUACUCUCUGCUUUUAACAUGUUGAUGUUAACUUUGUUUUAUUUUUUAUGAAAAGAGCCACAACCCAAUUUGUUUAGUAUCUUGAACUCUCAGUUUUGUUAGGGAACUAAGAAGAAUCAAAAUGGACAUGGGUGAAGCAAAUUAGAGGAAACUCGAGAAAUAGAGGGAGAAGAAUUCACCUUCAAUUUUGUUAUUUCACUCUAAAUUUCCCAGUUUUUAGAUUGGAUGGAACCUUAAUCUAGAGAAAUUUUAGAAGUUGUUGACUUAUAAAGUACAUGACAAACACAAAUGGAGGGAGGAAGUAAUAACUAAUAAGUGCGAACAAAUAAGUGAGCCAGUUUAUUUAGGUGUCAAAAAACUAAAAAGUCUAUAUGGAUGGUUUUUGAUUUAGGACCAGAGUUAUAAAAAAAAAAAUUCAAGUAGUUGAGUCUAACCAAACAAGCUCUAUAACGUAAUAACGAAGCAUAGAUGUUUGUUGGGUUAGGAACACACUCUUUUUAUGAUGUGAAGGAAAGGAACGGAAAGAAAAAACAAGAAAGCCGCAUUUGAAUGUAUCAUCUCCUUCCUCCAAGAAUUAAUGAAUGGAAUCUUUAUCCACCUCUUGCAAGUUGCAAGUGUUCAUCUUUUCAAUUGGUAAUGGGGAUGACAAAUUAGCCUUUUUCUGCUGAUAUUACGAUCUACCCAUAAGUAUCACUGAAUUAAAAUACAUAACAUGACUACAUAAAUCGUGUUAUUGUUAUUGUUAUUGAAGAUGAAGAUGAAGAUGAAGGUUACUCCUAAAGCUUUUGCUGCCUUCUUUCAUGGUGGUACUACUGGUAUUACUCCUUUUCCUUCUUUAUCUUUUCAUUUUCAUUUUCAUUCACGCAAUUACUCCAUUGUAACUGAUGCUGUUAUUCAAGAUCAUAGUUUGUUUCUUCAAUCAGUUAGAGAACACUGUAAAUUAGGGUUUUCAAAUCUCAAUUUCCCCCUUUCUCUCUUCCAUCAAAUGCUCUCUUUGCGCCCUCUUCCUUCUAUAAUCUAUUUCAAUCAGCUCUUCACUGCCAUUACCAAAUUGAAACGCCUUCAACCUCACUCCAUCAUCAUCUCUCUCCUCAGGGACCUUGAAUUGUCAGGUAUUCGACCCGAUAUGCACUCUAUUGGUAUUCUCACCAAUUGUUACUGCCAUUUGGGCCGUGUUGAUUUCGGUUUCUCUCUUCUCGCCAAAAGACUUAAGCUUGGUUACCCCUUUGAUGGUGAUUGUGUUAUCUUUACCACCUUAAUCAAUGGCUUUAUCCACUGUGAUAAGCUUCCUCAAGCUCUUCAAUUACUUGAUCAAAUUGUUAAGCUAGGUUUCCAACCCGAUAUUGUUACCUAUGGUGCUAUUUUCAAAGGUCUUUGUCGGAUUGGUGACAAUGCUGCUGCCCUUCACUUGCUUAAGAGGAUGCAUUCUGGUUGUUGCAAACCUAACCUUGUUAUAUAUAGCACCAUUAUUGAUAGUCUUUGUAAGGAUAGGCUGUUGAAAGAGGCCCUCGACCUGUUCACCGCCAUGAAAAGUGAGGGCAUUAUACCUAAUGUUGUCACUUAUACCUCCUUGAUUAGAGGUCUCUACAACUCCGUUAAGGUCGAGGCUAAAGAUAUGCUAGCUCAGAUGUUGGAGUGUAACAUAGCACCAAGUGUUAUCACCUUCAGCAUGCUCGUUGACAUGUUUUGCAAAGACGGGAAUGUUGAUGAAGCACAAGCUAUUCUAGACUACAUGAUUGAGAGAGGUGAGAUUCCAGAUGUCAUUACUUACAAUGCUUUACUUGAUGGUUAUUGUUUGCGUGGUCAGAUGGAGGAUGCGGAAAAACUACUUGAUUUGAUGGCCAAGAAUGGUUGUGAGCCUGAUAUUGUAAGUUUUAGCACUAUCAUUAAUGGAUAUUGCAAGGCUAGAAACAUGGACAAGGCCCUCAACUUGUUUCAAGAAAUACUUCAGAAAGGGGUGACACCUAAUGUUGUUACCUAUAACACUCUUAUUGAUGGACUAUGCAAAGUCAAUAGACUUUCCCUUGCACGCCAGAUGUUCAAGGAAAUGCAAGUUCAAGGAGUUAUUCCAGAUGUUGUCACAUAUGCUUCAAUGCUUGAUGGCCUAUGCAAAAAUGCGCUACUUGAUGAGGCAGUGGCGUUACUUGAAGAAAUGGAGGACAAUCGUGUUAAGCCUACUGUUGUCAUCUACGCUAUCCUAAUGGCUAGUUUGUGUGAGGCGGGGAAACUUGGAGAUGCAGCAAAAAUUUUCUCAGAUCUUGUAUUGAAGGGCCUACAACCUGAUGUGAUAACAUAUAAUAUAAUGAUUAAAGGUUUAUGCAAGAAAGGGCUCAUGGAUGAAGCUAUCCUAUUGUCGAGGAAAAUGGAGGAACACAAUUGCUCCGCUGAUGAUCGUACUUAUAAUACAAUUAUCAGAGGAUAUAUUCUCAACAAUGGCUUAUCAAACGCUUUGUACUAUUGUGAUCUUAUGGUUAGCAAGGGAUUCAAAGGCGAUGCUGACACUUUCUCGUUAUUUAUUCGCCUCUUGUCUUCUGAUAACUUAAGUGACUCAUUAAAGGACCAAGUGCGGAAGUUCAUGAACUGAAUAGAAGCUAAUUUGUCACCUCACCUGUAAUACUCUUAGUGAUGGCCUAAUGAAUCUAGUACUACAUUGGAGUAGUCACUUGCUGUAUCUUUUAGCUUCCUACUUCUUUAAGUCUCCUUCUUUUUACUAGGGUGGCUUUGCUUUAUACAUUGUUAUUUAAUAUGCACGGUUAACAACAUUGCCUUUCCAUACGGACUUCAAGGAAAUUCAAUCUUAAGGAUUUACUGUGGACAUCUUCACUUUCACUUCAUUACUUGAAGCGUAUGCAAAAGUGUACAUCUUCUCCAAGCAAUGACAGUGUUUCAGGAGAUGGAAGUGGCCUCUGAUAAUGUCAUCUGCAAUAUGGACAAACAUUAUUAGCGGACACUCUGAAGAAAGUAGGGUGAAUGUUGUUCCUUGAUCUUUCUCCUUCAAUUUUGUAGCUGGAAUAAAUACCAAAAGUUCUUCUGAUUGAAUCAUGGAUUAUCUGUGAUGUCAUUGAUUAACUGUGAAAAGAUUAUUUUACAGUUUUAGGAUAGUUGCUAGCUUGCUGUUGAAGCAAGCUGUUGAGUCACUUACUAGGCUCCACUGUUCUGAUUUCUAAAAUAUCUUGCAAUGCUUGUGACAGAUACAACAAGCAUAUCCCAAGAUUUGUCCCAGAAAAAGAUAACACCAAGUGUUAGCUAUCUAUUCUGCAAAAUAUCCAAACUCAUUGAAUUUGUUAUGAAGUCGAAAUGCAUAUUGAACACUACAUUCAGUUAGUAUGCCUCUCCCAAGAUGAUAAAUAAAUUAGAUCCAGAGAAAAGACUGAUGCAGAUGACACUGAAGUAAUUUUCAAGAACUUGUAUCAUCAAAAACUCUCUUCAUUGGAAUUGCUUGUCAAAGAAAUUUCCUUCAUCAAUUAAAACUGACAACUUCAACUUUUUUUAUUUUUUAUUUUGCUUUAUGGUGUGUAUUUUUGCCUAUCUGGUAAUGUUUUGUCUAGUAAUCCUUUAGUUUAUACUCAAAAUUCAACUCACUUGCAUUUUCUGAA